AUGGCGGGGCAGCUGACAUGUGAAGGAAUCACUCUGAAAGGCAGCGCGGAGAUCGUGUCCGAGUUCUUCUUUUUUGGCAUCAACAGUAUUUUGUAUCAGCGUGGGAUUUAUCCUCCAGAGACCUUCACGCGUGCACAGAAAUAUGGGCUCACCCUGCUAAUCACUACAGAUCCAGAUCUAAAGAAAUACUUGAAUACUGUGGUGGAGCAACUCAAAGAUUGGCUGUACAACUGUCAGGUCCAGAAACUGGUGGUAGUGAUUACAAGUAUUGACAGCAAUGAAAUUCUGGAACGCUGGCAGUUUGAUAUAGAAUGUGACAAAACUGUAAAAGAUGACAGUGUUGUUAGGGAUAAAUCUCCAAAGGUUAUUCAAGAAGAAAUCCGAUCAGUCAUUAGACAAAUCACAGCUACAGUAACGUUCCUUCCACUGCUGGAUACAGCUUGUGCCUUUGACUUGCUGAUCUACACAGACAAGGAUUUGGAAGUGCCUGAAAAGUGGGAGGAAUCUGGGCCUCAGUUUGUUUCUAACUCUGAAGAAGUCCGUCUUCGUUCUUUUACUACUACAAUCCACAAAGUCAACAGUAUGGUGGCCUACAAGAAGAUAGACUCCUAG